AUGACGGCCGAAAAGCUUGGUUCCGGCACGAUCAAGCCGGACCGGAAGAUAGUCAAGCUGUAUUUGGCUGCGAUCGGUGCCAACAUCAUCUCACUGUCGCUGGGUACGGCGAUCGGUUGGCUGUCCCCGUUUCUGCCCUUGCUCAUCUCGACCGACUCACCGCUCGAACAUGGCCCGGUGACGGACAUACAGGCGACCUGGAUCGCGUCCCUGCUGUGCAUUGGUGCGUUCGGUGGCACUUUCCUGUUUGGCUGGAGUGCGGAGAAGUUUGGUCGGAAGGCGUCACUGCUCGCGACAGCUGUGCCGCUGGUAGGUUUCUGGGCUUGUGUUGCGUUCGGCACCACGGUGGAGGUGUUGUAUGUGGCGCGGCUCUUGGCAGGACUUGGAGCGGCUGGCGUGUUUCUACUGGUGCCGAUGUACAUUACAGAGAUCGCCGAGGAUAGAAUACGCGGUACGCUGGGUUCGUUCUUCAUACUGUUCCUUAACAUUGGCACCCUCGUGUCGUUCGUAAUGGGCAGCUACCUAUCCUACCACCUGACGGCGUACAUCCUCUUCUCGCUGCCGAUCGUCUUUAUAGCGCUGUUUGUACAGUUUCCCGAAACGCCACAAUAUCUUAUCCGUCGCAACCGUGUCCGUGAUGCGGAAAGCUCUCUGAAGUACCUCCGAGGGUAUACGUCCACGCCGGAUCAUCUGGAGAUGUUGCGAUCGGAGAUGGAUGCACUACUGGUGCAGGUGUCCGGUGAGAAGGAUAGUACGGAGCAGCAUAGCAUUUCUUUGGCUGACUUUGCACCACAAUCAGCACGCAAAGCGCUUCUUAUUGGGCUGGUGUUGGUAUCGCUGAAUCAACUGUCCGGAUGCUUCGCACUGAUCAACUACACGGCACAAAUCUUUGCCGACUCUGGAUCCGAUCUUGAUCCGAAUAUGGCCGCGAUUGUGGUAGGUGCGAUUCAAAUUAUCGGCUCGUAUGGAUCGACGAUCGUGGUUGAUCGUUGCCAGCGGAAGCACGUGUACAUUGCAACGAGCUUCUUCGCUGCGAUCGGUCUGUUUGCGAUGGGGACGCAUGGUUAUUUGAAGAGCCAGCAUGUGGAUGUUAGUGCGAUCAACUGGAUACCGGUGGCGAGUCUUUCGUUCGUCAUCUUCAUCGCAUCCGUCGGGCUGCUGCCGCUAACGUUCGUUAUUCUAUCCGAGAUACUUCCACCGAAGGUUCGUGGACUUGGAGGAUCCCUCUGCACAGCGUUCCUGUGGACAAUCAGCUUCCUUGUGGUGAAGUACUUCCCCGUGGCGGUUGAACUGAUUGGACUGCACGGUUGUAUGUGGGUGUUUAGUGCCGUCUGUCUAGCGGCCGGUCUUUUCAACGCAAUCUUCAUACCGGAAACACGUGGCCGCAGCAUAGAACAGAUCAUACAUGCAAUGGAGAACAACAUUAAGAGCUAG